AGGUAGUCGCUCGCUCCACUCGAGUCGUUGGCUCGUUGCCUUGUACUAGGCUACUAGCAGCUCGAUUGUGCAAGAAAAGCUGAUCAUCGUCGAGUUGCAGAGCAUGCAGCCCGCCGUGCGCACGAGGCGGCGGCGCACCACCACCGUCGUCGUCCCGCUCCCCUCCGCCGUCCGCCGCGUGCCGCUGUCCCCUCUGGACACGCGCUGGGUCGCGCUGCCACCCAUGUGCCAUGUCUUCUUCUUCCCCGCUGCUGCUGCUCAGGUCCCUUUCUCCGACAUCGUCAGCGUCCUCCGCUCCUCACUCGCGGCGGUCCUCCCGGCGUUCCACCCGUUGGCCGGUGAGGUCGCCUACUCGCCACAGCUGGGCACGGUCUCCAUCGUCUACGGCGAGGAUGAUGCGGGCGGCGUUGCGUUCGUCGAGUCUGAGACGGAUCUCGACUUCGCCAGGCUCGUCGCGGACCGGGACGACGACGACGACGCGCUUCUGCAGCUCGUGCCGGAUAUCGCCCAGGAGGAGCUGCCGGCGCCGGUGUUUGCGGCGCAGGUGACGGAGUUCGUCCAAGGGAGCCGGGGAAUAGCGCUAGGCGUGGCCUUCAACCACGUCGCCAUGGACGGGAUCGGCUUCUUUCGGUUCAUGGAGAUGUGGGGCGCGUCGGCGAUGGCUGCCGCCGGUGCCAGCUCUCAUGCGACCGAACCACCACUACAUGACCGGAGGCUCGUACGCUUCGACGGCGACGAGGAGUUGGCCGGCAGGUUGUUGCGGCAGGUGGCGCCGGACUUGCCCAGGAUUGUGCCGAAACAACCUGGUUGCACGCCCCAACACCAGCUCCUACUCAGCCGGCGAACAUUCACCUUCUCCGCACAGGCGCUGCGGCGUCUGAAGCAGCGGCUCACCGCCACCAGACCGGAGUUCGCCGGAGCGGCGCCGCCAUCCACCUUCGCCACGCUGGCAGCGCACGGCUGGGUCUGCUUGGCUCUUGCCAGCGGUUUCACCGACGCCGCCCCGGUGUUUGCAGUCUUCGCCUCCGACUGCCGCGCCCACAUGUCACCGCCGGUGCCGGACGCCUACGUAGGCAACUGUGUGGCUUCGUGCGUGGUCGCGCUGAGCGGGGAGGAGCUCACCGGAGCAGACGGGCCUGCGGUGGCGUUCAUGGCCAUCAGGGACGCCGUCACGGCGGCGAAGCAGCAGGACCCCCUUGUGGAUGUCAGCAGUUUGAUCACCAAGAUCAGAGCCAUUCCGCCGGGCCGCAGGGUCCUCGUGGCGGGGUCGCCAUGGUUUCCGGCGUACGCGGUGGAUUUCGGGUUUGGGAAGCCGGAGAGGGUGGAGAGGGCGUCCUUGCACCAGGACGGCAUGAUGGCUGUCUACGCUGGGAAGGAGACUGGCUCGGUGCAGGUUUCUGUGGCCAUUGCAGCGGAAAAGAUGCAGGCAUUCGAGAGGAUGUUCGCAGUUAAGUCGAGAAGCAAUAUGUCGAGGCUUUGAGCAUGGAAGUUGCAAGAAGGAAGUGAAAUAGGCAAUGCUGAACUGCAUGCCUGAUUAACGUUUGAAUGUUUGUAAGUAUUUAUGGGCCAUCACUUUCAUGGAUCAUUAUUGGCGCUUGGGCAACAAAGCAGAAUGCGAAACAUUGCAUGGUACAAGAUUUAGAAAAUACAUCUGUUUUUUUAUAUAUAAAUAAUGGA